AUGGCUCCCCCAACUACCACCACGACGGCGCAUAUGGCGACAACAACGCUCAAAGUCGAGGGCAUGACAUGCGGCGCAUGCACAUCCGCCAUCGAGUCGGGAUUCCAGGGCGUCAAGGGAGUCGGGAACGUGUCGAUAAGCCUGGUCAUGGAAAGGGCCGUCGUGCAACAUGAUCCCGAUCUGAUCACAGCAGAUGAGGUCAGGGAAAUCAUUGAAGACAGGGGCUUCGAUGCCGAAGUGCUAUCGUCAGAUCUCCCAUUGCCACAUCCGGACGACCACUUCCUGAGCGACUCGGAGGAUGAGGAGGAAACUAUUGGAAGCAUCGCGACAACAACACUCUCCGUUGGCGGCAUGACAUGCGGUGCAUGCACUUCCGCCGUGGAGGGCGCCUUCAAGGACGUAGCUGGACUAAAGUCAUUCAGCAUAUCGCUACUCUCGGAACGCGCUGUAAUCGAGCAUGACACAACCAUCAUAACGGCGGAACAACUGGCUGAGACAAUAGAAGACGUUGGUUUUGACGCAAAGGUGCUGGAUACCGCGGUCGCGACAACAGGGCCCAAGAAGAGCAAGAGCCGGAAACAACAAAAGACAAUGACCACUACCGUCGCUGUUGAAGGCAUGACUUGUGGCGCAUGCACAUCCGCCAUUGAAAGUGGCUUCAAAGACGUCGACGGUGUAUACCAAUUCAACAUCAGCCUACUCGCCAAUCGCGCUGUGCUUGUCCAUGACCCCGCUAAGCUGACCGAAGACCAAAUCGUGGAGAUUAUCGAGGAUCGGGGUUUUGACGCCAAAGUACUAUCGUCCGUAGACGGCAACAUUCAACAUUUAUCAGCAAACAAUGCUCCCGUGCAGCUCAAGAUCUAUGGACUCCCCAAUGAGAACGCUGCCGCAGAACUCGAAGGGCUAUUGAGGAAACGACCAGGAAUCACAUCUGCAACCGUCAAGUUCAGCAACUCAAGAGCCACCAUCCAGCGGGAACCUCAAAUCAUCGGUCUUCGCGCUAUUGUGGAGGCCGUAGAAGCAGCCGGAUACAACGCUCUUGUGGCUGAUUCGGAGGACAACGACGCCCAACUCGAAUCACUUGCAAAGACAAAAGAGAUCCAGGAAUGGAGGCGAGCCGUCGUCUUCUCCGCAUGGUUCGCAGUGCCUGUGUUCCUGACCAGCAUGUUUAUCCCCAUGUUUCUGCCAUUCCUCAACUAUGGCGGUAUCCGUAUCAUACCCGGUCUCUAUCUCGGCGACGUCAUCUGCUUCUUCCUUACCAUUCCAGUUCAAUUCGGCAUCGGAAAGCGCUUCUACGUAUCUGCCUACAAGUCGUUGAGCCACGGCGCACCCACUAUGGAUGUUCUCGUAGUUCUCGGUACCUCCUCUGCAUUCUUCUUCAGCGUCUUCUCGAUGCUCGUCUCCCUACUCGUCUCUCCGCACACCAAACCGACCACACUAUUCGAUACCAGCACCAUGUUGAUUACCUUUAUCAGCUUGGGCCGUUACCUUGAGAACAAAGCAAAGGGUCAGACCUCCAAAGCACUGUCCAACCUCAUGUCACUAGCUCCAUCAAUGACUACUAUCUACGCCGACCCCAUCGCCGCUGCGAAAGCUGCCGAGGGCUGGGAUGUCGCCGAAGAGAAGCUGGAUCGCAAGUCCAUUGAUGGGAACGCUGUCGAAGAGCGGGUCAUUUCUACUGAGCUCAUUGAAGUUGGCGACGUUGUCAUCCUUCGACCUGGUGACAAGCUUCCAGCCGACGGCACAGUAACUCGUGGAGAGUCAUACCUCAACGAGAGCAUGGUCACUGGCGAAGCUAUGCCGAUUCUGAAGAAGAAGGGCUCACUUGUCAUGGCCGGAACCGUCAACGGCGCUGGUCGUUUGGAAUUUGUUGUCACCCGAGCUGGCCGCGAUACUCAGCUCAGCCAAAUUGUCCGCCUUGUCCAAGAAGCUCAAACUAGCCGCGCUCCAAUUCAACGACUUGCGGAUACAGUUGCCGGCUACUUCGUUCCCAUCAUCAUCACUCUUGGUCUCGCCACGUUCAUUGGCUGGAUGGUCCUAAGUCACAUCCUUCCCUACCCACCCAAGGUCUUCCUUGACCACGCUAGCGGCGGCAAGUUCAUGGUGUGCAUCAAGCUAUGUAUCGCUGUCAUUGUCUUUGCCUGCCCAUGUGCUCUCGGUCUUGCCACCCCAACAGCUGUCAUGGUUGGUACUGGUGUCGGUGCUGAGCAAGGUAUCCUCGUCAAGGGCGGUGCCGCCUUGGAGACUGCAACCAAGAUUAACCACGUCAUCUUUGACAAAACUGGUACUCUUACCGUUGGCAAGAUGAGUGUCUCCAAGGCCGACAUCCAGGGCGAAUGGGCAAAGGGCGAGAAGAAGAAACUCUGGUGGACCCUUAUUGGACUUGCUGAAAUGGGCUCUGAGCAUCCCAUUGCCAAGGCUAUCGUUCUAUCUGCAAAGGACCACCUUCGAUUGGGACCUGAUGGUAGCUUCGAUGGCGCUGUGGGUGACUUCGAAGCCAUUGUCGGAAAGGGUAUUACUGCAACUGUCGAGGCAGCCAUGUCUCGCGAGCGCACUCGUUACAAGGUUCUCAUCGGCAACACCACCUUCCUGACAUCAGAAGGUGUCAACGUCCCGCACUUUGUAGAAGAAACGUCCGCAUCCACAAAUGCCAACUCACGAGGACGCUCUGCUGGUAUCACUACCAUCCACACUGCCAUUGGCAACACCUACACCGGUACAUUGAGCCUCUCCGAUACCAUUAAGCCCUCGGCCCGCGCUGCAGUACUUGCUCUCUCUCGUCUUGGCAUAUCAUCCUCCAUCGUUACCGGAGACACAUCAGCUUCCGCUCUUGUCGUCGCAGCAGCAGUUGGUAUUGAUGCAGCUGAUGUUCACGCCUCAUCCACUCCUGCAGACAAGAAAGCCAUGGUUGAAGAUCUCCAGUCUCGUGGUAUGGUCGUUGGUAUGGUCGGUGACGGUAUUAACGACUCUCCCGCUCUCGCCGCUGCAGACAUCGGCAUUGCCCUAUCAAGUGGUACAGAUGUCGCCAUGGAAGCGGCCUCUAUCGUCCUAAUGACCAACACUGACCUUCUCGCAAUUCCCGCCUCGCUCGUCCUCAGCCGCGCAAUCUUUUUCCGUAUCAAACUCAAUCUCGCCUGGGCCUGCAUGUACAACUUCGUCGGACUCCCCUUUGCAAUGGGUUUCUUCCUGCCCUGGGGCCUUUCGUUGCAUCCCAUGGCUGCGGGUGCUGCCAUGGCAUGCUCUUCCGUCAGCGUCGUUGCUAGCUCUCUGCACCUCAAGUUCUGGACCAGACCUAGCUGGAUGAAGGUUAGUGUACUGGACCCUAAUGCACCCAUCGACGACAGGGAAGCGGAGAUGGAAAAACUGGGCGGCAAGGGCAUGUUCAGCACUAUCAAGGAUUGGGUUAGUGAUGCGUGGGCGGCCAGGAAGAGGAAUAAGGAAGAGACUAGUUACAUGCCGCUCAGGGAUAUGGGAGACCACUGAAACAGGUGGUUGUCAUGAUUUUGUUGUUAUUCCUGUUGGUAAAGCGUUUGGAUACCACAAUUUCCUUGUCUGUUGACAUGUCGCUGUUAUUGUUAGUCUCCUGUCGAUCUUCUUGUAUAGCUCUUGGUUCGCAUUUUUCUAGUUGACGAAAUUCACAUGUCAAUACCUCCUGACCUUCAUGCCGGUAUGUGCCCCUUUUUGUAAUUUCGGGUUUUUUUGGUCACCAAAAGCAUAGUUAUGCAACAGUAAGUUUGAUAUGCAAGAAGGCGAGGACUGCAAA